AGAAAUCCAGCCCUUCUGCCCUCCGGAGGCGCCUUUCCCAACGUAAAGUACAAUUUUAAAUUUCAGCUCCUGACUAAAAUCAUGAUCCGCAGUCAACUGCUAGAGAAUCUGGGCACCCUGGUGCCUCUGGAGCGUGCAGCGGGUGUGGGCAAGGGCAGGGGGAGUGGGCGAAGCUGCUGGUUGGUGCCUGAAAUCUGUGCGUUGCCCCUUUAAUUGUGUCCCCAGCCCUCGGGCGUUUCUGUCCAACGCCCACGUCAGCAAAUACCUUUUGUUUCUCUCACGUUGGGGCUACUUGUUUUAGGGCGCAAAGGAACGGCCUCGAAAGGGGGUCCUUCCCCAGCCGAGAACCAGGAAUCUUCCCCGGCCGGCGCGCGCGACCGGCCGGUGCGCCGCGGCCCGCGGACAAUUCUCCAAACACAGACUGUUUGACUUAGAAUCUUCUCUUUUUUACUCCAUUCAAGAGCAACAUUCAUAAAUUUCCAGGGAUUAUUAGUUGUUUGCAUUUCCCCCAGAGGCAAAUCAUCUACUGCCAGAGGCUCCCUGAUGGAAUCAGCCACUUUAAGUCUGGAGCUUUUAUGAUUUCACAUUGAAAAGAAGUCUGAAGCUUUAUUAGAAUGGAGAUCUCCUCUCAUCAGUCUCACCUCCUGCAGCAACUGAACGAGCAGCGCAGGCAAGAUGUAUUUUGUGACUGCAGUAUUCUAGUUGAAGGGAAGGUCUUCAAAGCACAUCGAAAUGUAUUAUUUGCUAGUAGCGGCUACUUUAAAAUGCUUCUUUCUCAGAAUUCAAAAGAGACAAGUCAGCCAACCACAGCUACAUUUCAGGCUUUCUCCCCUGACACUUUUACAGUUAUCUUGGACUUCGUAUAUUCUGGCAAACUGUCUCUAACUGGUCAGAAUGUCAUAGAAGUGAUGUCGGCUGCUAGCUUCCUUCAGAUGACUGAUGUCAUAAGUGUAUGUAAGACUUUUAUUAAAUCUUCCUUAGACAUUAGUGAGAAAGAAAAAGAUCGCUAUUUCAGUCUCUCAGAUAAAGAUGCCAAUUCUAAUGGUGUAGAACGUUCCUCUUUUUAUAGUGGUGGCUGGCAGGAAGGAAGCAGUUCUCCACGUUCUCACCUAAGCCCAGAGCAAGGAACAGGUAUAAUAAGUGGAAAAUCUUGGAAUAAGUAUAAUUAUCAUCCAGCCUCCCAGAAGAAUACUCAACAACCCUUGGCCAAGCAUGAACCAAGGAAAGAGUCCAUUAAAAAGACCAAACAUUUGAGAUUGUCACAGCCUUCUGAAGUUACUCAUUAUAAGUCAAGCAAACGAGAAGCACGAACAUCUGAUUCUUCCAGCCAUGUUUCCCAGUCUGAAGAACAAGCACAAAUUGAUGCUGAAAUGGACUCUCCUCCUGUUGGCUAUCAGUACGGUCAAGGAUCUGAUGUCACAUCCAAGAGUUUUCCAGAUGAUCUGCCCCGGAUGCGAUUCAAGUGCCCGUACUGCACACAUGUGGUGAAGCGGAAGGCAGACCUAAAGCGCCACCUUCGCUGUCAUACAGGAGAAAGGCCCUAUCCAUGUCAAGCCUGCGGAAAAAGAUUUAGCAGACUAGACCAUCUAAGUAGCCAUUUUCGAACAAUUCACCAGGCAUGUAAACUCAUCUGCAGAAAAUGUAAACGUCAUGUGACAGAUCUAACAGGGCAAGUGGUACAGGAGGGAACCAGGCGCUACAGACUGUGUAAUGAGUGUCUUGCAGAAUUUGGCAUAGACAGCCUCCCCAUUGACUUGGAAGCUGAACAACAUCUUAUGUCCCCAUCAGAUGGAGAUAAGGAUUCCAGAUGGCACUUGAGUGAAGAUGAGAAUAGAUCCUAUGUGGAGAUUGUAGAAGAUGGGUCUGCUGAUCUGGUCAUCCAACAGGUUGAUGAUAGUGAAGAAGAAGAAGAAAAAGAAAUUAAGCCCAACAUUAGGUAGCUGUAAUGUGAACCAACAGAGCUGGCAUGUCUGCAAUUUACAUUGACCUCCUGUAUCUCUCUCUUUCUGUGGUCAGAGUCUAGUUAACAAAUUUAUCAUACUGACUUUAAAGAAAUGAUCUGACAUAACUUGCAUGCUUUCUGAACAGGCCAUUGUAUCCAUUCUGAACUUUGUUGCCCUAAAAUGUGUUGCUGCACUGGAAAGAAAGAACUAGCUUGAGUUGGCAUGAUGGAUGAACAAUUAUCCUCUUACUUUCAUUACAAUCCUCUUACUUUAUUACAGAGAUACCCUUUUUCUUUUAAUAUUGGAAGAUCUACUUAGCAAACUUUUUUCAAAGAAAAUACUUUAAAUAAAUUCACCACAUCCAAACUUUAUGUAAGACAAUUUCAAGGUGUUUCAAAAACACAUAUACAGCCAAUGUUUAAUUUCACAGGAAACCAGUUAAGAGCACAUUUAAGGAUCUGGCAACCCACCUGACUAGACAAAUUAGUCUUUGUAUUAAUUGGAGAUCUGAAACAAUCUGUCAUUACUCUGAUAUCCUGAAACUUAAGGAUUAUGGAAGAAGACUAAAAUGUUUGAAAUCAUUCAUAUUUGACAUUUUUAUCAUUAGGUUAAAAUUACUCUCAGUAUUGUUAAAAACAAAACAAACAACAAAAAAAAUGAAAGUAGAGGCUGACCAAAGAUUAAAUGCAGAUAUUUUCUUAAAGCAGGAAACUAAUGUUGCCUAAAAGUCAAGGCAGUUUGUGAAGACGAUCUGUCAAUAUGGUUAUCCUCUCUCUUUGAGAGGCCAACGCAGGCGUAUCACCUGAGGUCAGGAGUUUAAAACCAGCCUGGCCAACGUGGUGAAACCUCAUCUCUACUAAAAAA